AUGGCAACAGACGGAGCGUUGCGGCAGGCAGGCGGAGGGGCCAGCGCUGCACCACGAGCAGCAACCACCCUCGGCGACGCUCAGAUAGCGCAUCUCAGGCAAACCUUCGAGUCAAGCGCCGGCCAGGACGGCAGGUGGUCCGCGGAGCAAGCCCGCAGGUUUCUUCAUCAAGGCCAGCACAGCCACCACGGCACCCCUGCGGCGGCGAACCUGCUGGGCGGCGCGGAUGUCGAGCUCGGCGCGUUUCUGCAGUACAUGGCAUCCGAGGACAGCGACAUAACCUUGCCCUGCAAGGACGCCGACUUGUCGUGGCCGCUGUCCAGCUACUACAUCAGCUCGAGCCACAACACGUACCUGUCGGGACACCAGCUGUACGGCGACAGCACCACUGACGCAUACACCAACGUGCUGCUGCGGGGAUGCCGAUGUGUCGAGAUUGAUGUCUGGGAUGGCGACGAGUCAGACCUGUCGGCGAGCUCUGCGUCAAGUUCAGAUGCCGAGGAGCCGCGCGCAGAGGAACCGCUGACCAAGCCCAAGAGAAACAGCACAUUCGACAGGCUGAGGCAAAAGAUGCCGGGUAGCCUUUCUGCCAGACUGCAAAAGGCGAGCUUGGGAACAUCACCAGAGGGCAAACACACUGGCAGCCAUGACCCCGAAAGGGACGCAGGCGCAGUAGGUGACGACGACCACGACGACCACGACGACCACGACGACCACGACAACCACGUGCCAGCGGUGGCCGUGGUUGAGCCUCGCGUGUUCCACGGAUACACAUUGACAAGAGAAGUGUCCUUUCGACAAGUGUGCAACGCUAUCCGGGAGAGCGCGUUUGUUGCCACGGACUUGCCUCUCAUUGUGAGUCUGGAGGUGCACUGUGGCACGGAGCAGCAAAUGAUGAUGGUUACCAUUAUGCAAGAAGCGUGGAAGGGCAUGCUGGUGACCGAAGACGCGAUGACGGAGGGAGCACUCCCGAGCCCUGCAGACCUGAAGAGGAAGAUCCUCAUCAAGGUCAAGUACGCACCGGCAGAUGCACCGGCAGAUGCUCCAGCGCGCGAGGACAACAACGGUCGACAGGACCAAGCCUCGCCUGCAGAAGCGACGUCUCCCGCGCCGCCCAAGAAACCAUGCAAGGUCGUCCAGGAGCUCAGCAGACUCGGCAUCUACACUCGAGCCGUUUCGUUCAAAGCCUGGACGCAGCCCGAAGCGAGCAUGCCAACGCACAUCUUCUCCCUCGCGGAGAAGAAGUUCAUGGAGCAUCGCGAGAAGCACGGCAAGGCCUUGUUUGACCACAACCGGGCCUACCUUUUGCGGGCGUACCCCUCGGGCCUGCGCAUACGAUCCUCCAACAUGCUGCCAACCAUUUUCUGGGCAUCGGGCGUCCAGGUUGUUGCGCUGAACUGGCAGCAGACGGACGAAGGCAUGAUGCUGAACGAGGGCAUGUUUGCCGGAACGGGAGGUUACGUUCUGAAGCCGCCAGGCUACCGGCCAAACUUGCCUGGCAAACCCACGCCCAACCCACCAAGCCGCAAGACGCUGAACCUCUCCAUCACCUUCCUGGCGGCCCACAAGAUCCCACUGCCACCCGGCGACAAGUCGGACAGCAAGUUCCACCCGUACGUCAAGACGGAGCUGCACGUGGACGCAUGCGACCCCUCCUGCAACCAAGGCGGCCCGUUGCCGGGCCAGGAGCGCGACACGGACAUCAGACACAAGGCCCGGACAAAGACGCACAAGGGCACGGACCACGUCGACCUCGGCCAGCAGGUGAUUACCUUUGACGACAUUGACGGCGUCGUCGAGGAGCUGACCUUUGUGCGUUUCACGGUGCGGGACGACGAGUUUGGAAGAGACGAUUUGGCGGCGUGGGCGUGUGCGAGGCUUGAUCGGUUGGCCCGGGGCUUGCGGCUGAUCCACCUGCUGGAUGCGAAGGGGCGGCUGACGGACGGCACCAUCCUGGUGCGAGUCGACAAGGAGAUGGUCGGGUGA